AUGCAUUUGUCUACAAUCCACCUGUUGGCGAUGUCUUUUGCUGGCGUCUGCAGCCAAGAAUUCGUACCAUGUGUCGAAGGGACUCCCAACGGCGACUCAAUCACUGGGUUCCAAUUCGUUGGGGCCUGCAGCAGGUGGGCGUGGAUUGCGGGUAGUGACUACGACAUCGACGUCAGCAUCCAGUCAGACUGCUCUCUGAGACAAAACUGGCCCAACAACCAGGCCAUCUCACUUGUUUGCAUUCAGGUCUCCCCGGAUCCGUCUGCACCUGGGGCUGUUCCAACUAAGUGUUUCUGGGCUCCUGAUAGCUUCACCACCAACACCGCAUGCCAGCUCCCAGACUCCUAUUGCAAUGGCAUUGUCAGUGUCUUAGGAUGGCCGAGGUAA